UCUACGUAGACCAAAGUUAUAAGUGAAAUGUUAAGUUUUUAUUUUUAAAUAUUUAGGCUUGUAACAGUUAUUGUGUUCUUUGGUGUCGUAUAUUGUAGAGCUUGGACUCAAACCUUCGUUAUUUUCUUCACAACUUGUAAUUUAUUCAAUACCAAUUAAUAUGACAGAAUUAGAUAAAAGCUUGACUUCAAUGGACUGGUUGCCAAAACUAAAUGUGAAGGGAACUCUAAACGGAGAGCAGAUAUGCAACAAACUUGAAAGUAAUAACUAUGAAGAAAAGUAUUCUCUAGGAAAACCUAUGCUAACUCUAAAUUCAUCUCCAGGAAAGGGAAAACCUCCUUAUAGCUAUGCAACUUUAAUAUCAUUUGCUAUUAAUAGUUCUCCUAAGAAAAGAAUGAGAUUAAGUGAGAUAUAUUCUUGGAUUUGUAGAAAUUUUCCUUAUUACGAAGGUGCAGGAAAUGGGUGGAAGAACUCGAUACGGCACAAUCUAUCUCUUAACAAGUGUUUCCAUAAGGUUCCUCGCUCAAAAAAUGACCCUGGUAAAGGAUCUUACUGGGUCGUAGACUACAGAUCAGUUGAAGUGUCGAUCACGAAAAAGAAGAAGAAAUCUGGAAAGACUUUUAAAAAGAUAAAUGAGCCACUGUUAUAUUCAUCUUCAAUACCCUCUUUGGACCGAACUGAAUCACUCUUGACUGUGUACAAAUCAGCUUAUGGACUUGGAAUGGAAGGAUUUAGUAAAAAUCUGCUCAAUACAAAUAACCAGAACACAGAAGAGUUGAAAGGAGGAGCUAAAACUGUUGAAAAUGGAAAAUUUCAAAAUAUAAAUAUUACUCAGUCUCAGGGUGUUCUGGAAAGUAUGAAAAUGAUAGAACCUGUAUUGUGGGGUUUAACGCAAGACCAGUUUGCUGAACUGGUCACUUCCCUUAACACACUUUAUGAACAGGCUGGCCUCGGGUCUUUCCACCCAUCUUUUAGUUGUGUUCCUGGAGUACCAGCAGGUAUUUUAGUCACUGGAACAUCUGGCCUUCUUGGUGAACUUAAUCAAGUUCCUGUAACACAGUUUGUGCCUAAGGACAAUCUCAGUACAGAGGGAACACUUUCCUCAGAGAACAGCAACUUUUCUUGUAUUUCUCUUUCAGAGUUGAGUUCUCCAGCUGCCUCCCAUUCUGCUGGUAUCUCCACCUUGACCUCACCUCAAAAGAUUACCUCCUGUGAAGAAGAUGAAGAAGAUGAUUUUAACUGGGACAAACUUCUGUGAUGAAAUGGUUAACAUUUAUUUCAUGAACUGAGAUAAAAUAUUUAAUUAAGAAUGCUCACAUAUACAAACACACAUACAUACACACACACACACACACACACAUAUAUAUAUAUUCAUUUUUUAUACUAGUACUAAGGUAAGCUAGUAAAAGCUACAGCAAUAUACAAGUAAUGUUUAAAAGGAAAGUGUAUAAUUUACUAAUUAUCUCAGAAUAGUGCCUAAUGAUAUUACAGAAUAAAAAUAUUCCUUUUUAAGUACAUCUUAUACCUCAUUAUAUACUUAUACAUGAACUACUAUCUAUUUGUAGGAAAAGUCAUAGAUUAUGUAUUUUUAAUUUGUUUUGUGCUGAAACAUUGUUUUCUUGAUUAAAGUAGUUCUAGUGACAUAAUACUAAUUAAAUUAAUCAGUUUUUAAAACGUUAUUGUAAAAACAUUCAGAUUACUGAAAUGGAAAAUUAAAACAACUUCAAGUUUUAAUCAUAUGAAAUAUCAGAUCAAGCAUAAAUUGCUGUAAACUUUCUUAGAUUUCAGAAAAGUUUAAACAAGCUUUUAAUAAGAAUAGAUAUGAUUAGAAAAUAAUUUUUCUCUUUCAUUCACACACUUGUUUGUCUUCACUUAGAUCUGGUGCUCUGUUUAUGUAGCAGUUUUUGUAAACAGUCUCUGUAAAGUAAUAUUUUAAAUCAUUUGUGGCAAUGGUAAGUAAAACUUGUUAUCCACAACAAUCUAGAUCUAAAAAAUUUGUAGAUGGGUUGCUUUUGCACCAGUGUGUGAAGUUUAAAAGCAAACAAUUAAUUUAAAUUGUAUGUUUUCAGAUAAGAUGUGAUCAAAGUGAUUUUGCUGACCUCAGAGUUGUUUUUUUUACUUAAACAUAAUUUUUUGGGUAUUUGAUUUUUUUUGUAUAGCAUUGUAACAAUUAACACCAUAGUAGUGCACAAUUAUUACAUUUUGAGUGGUAUAAAGGCAAAAAAACUUGCUGAUACAUAUACUUCAAAGUUUAUAGGUAGCUUGUGUGUCUGUAAUAUGUGAUUAAAAAAGUAUUUAGAAUUUGUAACUUGUGUUUAAUUUAGGUUUAAUAGAAAACACAAACUGGAAAUUUUUUGACUUCCUCAUAGCCAACAUAGGAAAGACAAAAUAAUGGUUGGUUUAAUAAAUGAUAUCAGAUAUCUAGACAGGAACAAAUAAUGUGUUAUAAUAUGUUAGAAUCUUAUGUAUGUUGGCAUUUCUCAUGUGUAGAAUGUUUUGGCAAAUUUCAUAAGUUGUUUAGCUCAGUGACAGGGAUUCAAACUUAUGACCCUCACAUUGUUAGUUGAGUGCCCUAUCCACCAAGCCAUGCCAGGCCCACUUUCUGCUACUACUCAAAAAAGAAAAGAAAAGUAAGACUCUUGAACUGUGUAGUUGGACUUACUGCUUAGAUGACAACAGUUUUUCUGGCACGAUAUUUGCUUUUCUAUUUGGAAGAUAAUUUUUUGUAGUUUUCAAAAUUAGACAGCACUUAGCAAUACUACUAUAUAUUUUAUUACAAAUACAAAAGAAUACCAAUUGUAUCAUCUGCUUAAUUUUUAUGUUUAUCCUUAAAAUUGAAAAAUUAUCCAAACUUUUUAACAGCUAUUCAAUGAUUUUUAUCUUUAUUAAGUAAGAUUGGAUCAACUGUUUGUUUUAGUUGUUCCUGCGUGAAAACUAUUUCUGUGUUGGAGAAAUUUAAAAUAUUCAUUGUAAACAAACAAUAAAUAUUUUGUUACAAGCUCAUGUGAUACCUUGUUUUUGUGUUAUGCAUGAUAUUUAUUCAGUAUCAAAAAUUUUUCAUGCUGUUUCUGUAUAUUACUAACAACUACACGACUUGACCAGCUCAUGUUUUUGAUGCUGUUUCUGUAUAUUACUAACCACUACAUGGCCUUUACUAGUUGAAGUUUUUUCAUGUUUUUAUAAAUUUUACUAACAGAAAUAUCAGGUAUGGCUUAAAUUUUUAGAUGAUUGUGAAACGUUUCGAUAGACAAGAACAAGUAUUUUCUUACUGUAUUCAUUAUUCAUAGCCAAAUGGUCACAUCUUACUUAACACCAAGAUGUCAAGUCUGACGUUUUCAUCUGCAUAUAGACUUGUGUUGAGUAACGUUAUCUGUUGACUAGUAAAUAGCAAGUGUUGACCAUCCACUUUUACGUGUUUGGUUUAAUGAUCAGGUGUUAAAUACAAAAAUAAAUGUGUCUUUUGAAUAACAAGAGAUAUUACAUCAAAUGCAAUAAUUCUGAUGUCAAUUAAACAACAUAGUUCCAUGAGAAGUCUCUGUAUUUAUAAACCACUUUAUUUUUGUCCCAUUCCGAGACUGUAUAGUGUUUCUCAUAAUUUUUGUAAUAAUUUUUGUUUUCAAAAUAUCUUUUUUAGAAAGAUGUUUUUAGUCAUUUCAAAUGAGAAGAAUGUGUCAUUGGCAGGAAGAUAAAUAAACUGAUUUUCGUAUCAAUACUUUAAAAAGUAAAAUAUAUCACACUUUUUCUGUUUAAAAUGUAUCCUUGCCUCUAGCAAUUCAGUAUACCACACGUUGCUAACUGCGCAUGUGCAAUGUAGUGUACAGUUCAUAAGUAUCCAGGAAUAUGACAGUAAUUCAAAUUGUAACAUUUACACUGUGUGUUGGAUUUACAGCUAUAAUAAACUAUAAAUAAAAUUCUGAGCCUAAUUUAUUUUUGCUUCUGCAGACCACUUGCAUUCAUCAGGUGAACAGUUACAGCUUGUUAGAAUAAAAAACUACAAAAUGAGUGACAUCCACCAAGUUCUUAUUUUUAUCUUGUGCAGAUCCACUGAGUGGUGCAAUACUUGCACAUUUAAUUUUUUAUUGGUUUGUUAUAAUAUCUCUUAGUUUAUUUAAAAAAAAAAGAAAUUUUUUUGCCACAGUAUUAAGUCUUUUAUGUAUAUGUCUUUCAAUAUAUACAUGUGAUACUCGUAUUUGAAAUUUGGCUGUAUUUUUUUUGAAGUUGUUUAGUUUUAAUCUUCAGACGUUAUUUCUCUACGUUUUAGAUAUGUAUUGUUCCAGCACUUUAUAUUUUUUGAAACAAGGUAUUGGAACAUUGUUUGUUAAUGCAAAACUAAAACACAUUGUUUUAAGAUAUGUGUUUGAGUCUGUAAUAAAAUAUUGUUUGUUUUAUUGUCUUA